AUGGCGGAGCCACGCAAUAUUGAGGAACAGGGAGAAAUCGCUGUUGAUCCCAAUGUCUAUGUCACCAGCGUUUACGGCGAUGACUGGCAGUCGGAAACCACGUCGAUCGGGUCCUCAAUUUAUCGCGGGCUGGAAGAGAAUGGUCGUCGGUAUCAAACUUUGAGCCACAAAGAAUAUCUGUACGCACAAAUCCCCUGGUCGAGCGAACGCCACUUACAUUCGAUCAGCAUUCCAUCGGAUGAAAAGCAGUUCGAGACUUACGAAGCUGGGCAUCUGGUCGCCCUUGUCAUGGACUCGGACAGAGAAAACCCCCUCUUCCAUUCACCCAUUGGAGAGAACCCAAAACAAAUUCUCGACCUCGGAACGGGGCAGGGUAACUGGGCCAUAGAUGUUGCCGAUAUGUUUCCGACGGCCACGGUUCGCGGAGUCGACCUCUUUCCACCGCCAGUGACAUGGAUGCCACCAAACUGCAUUUUAGAAGUCGACAACAUCGCAGAAGACUGGACCUGGAGCGAACCGCAAGACCUUAUCCAUAUGCGCAUCAUGAUCGGAUCCUUUGACCCAAUGGAAUGGGACCGCGUCUAUAAGCAAUGCUACGACAACCUCCGCCCAGGCGGCUGGAUCGAGCAACUUGAAGCAAGCCCGUACGUCGAAUGUGACGACGGUAGCCUACCGGAUGAUAAUAUCCUGCGUACGUGGGGUCCGUCCCUAUCGGCAUGCGGUAAACGAGCAGGCCGACCCCUCGAAACAAUCGACAUGAUGCAAAACGCAUUCCGUAAUGCGGGAUUCAUCGAGGUUCAUGAAAAGGAGUAUAAGUGGCCCAUUGGUCCAUGGGCACGUGAUCAAAAGUAUAAGGAGGCUGGUACCGUCAAUUACCAGCAUUGGAUGUCUGGUAUGGAGGGCUGGGCUAUGUGGUUGCUUACGAAGUUUGGUGCUCCGCACCCUUGGUCUCAAGAUGAGGUUAUUGUUUAUGUUGCUAAGUUGAGGGCCGAGCUGAAGAAUCCUCGCUAUCAUAUCUAUGAGCGCGCGCGUCGUGUUUGGGCGCGGAAACCGUUCCCUGGUGAAGUUUCGCCGGCUGUGUCUAAUAAGGAGGUAGUAAUUAAGUCUGAGAAAGAGUGA